AUGCGUAGGUCCGGAGCUCCUAGUCAACUCAUUGGCAACGCGGCAAAGAAACCCAGGUUCGUGCCUCCAGGAGCUGCACAGUCGGUAGCUUUUCCGGCGCCGAAGCCCGUUCUCGCGCAGUCACCUUCUAAAGUCACCCUCGGGAGCGCGCUUAACAAGAUCCAAAGGAGUCUGUCUGAGAAGAGAACAGAGCCUGGAGGUACUUCAGCAGCUCCAGCUGUCUGUAAAGCUUUAUCCCGGGUACUGAGUACUGUGCCCCAAGGAGAGAGUAAGGAGAACGGCCCUGAGUCAGAGGCCCUUCCCCCGACACCGGACCAGCAUCCAGGACACCCUGCGCCCGGAGGCAAAAUGUCUGCCGUGUUUAUGACUAGCAGCAUGGUUGGCAAAGCACGCUCCUCAAACUUCACCCUGUCCGAGAAACUAGACCUUCUGCGUCUGGUACAGCCGCACAUUCGCAUUUUGGAAGAGCACACCAACAAGCAUGCGGUUAUUGUGGACAAGAACCGGUGCUGGGAGAGCAUUGCAGAACGCUAUAACAGUUUAGGGGGUGAAAGACCCUCCAGGACUGCGCAGGGGUUGCGUACGCUCUAUAAGAGACUCAAAGAGAGCGCCAAACAGGAGGUGCUUCAGCGAAGCCACGCCCAACCCGAAUACCGUGGCAGCCUGUCCGAGCCAACCAAACGCAUCAUGGAGAUGAUACCUCACCUGUUUCACACGGUGGACAAAGAGCACAACGCACUGCACAGAGAAACCAUGGCGCUUCUGUCCAUUCGUGCAGAGGACGAAAUCCGCCGUCAGUUCCACGGUACCGCUCGGGAUGCGGUGAUAUAUGAGAGAAUUACAAACAAACUUAAACAACGUGGGAUUCAUAGAGAAAAGGCGCAGGUCAUCAGUAAACUUAAGUCACUGCGGAGGAAGUUCAACCAAUCGAAUGACCCCAACAACGCGGGCGGUACUGGGAGAUUCGACUGGCCGUAUUCCGAUAUGUGCCAGGCUAUCUGGGGAAGUGGCGACUCUGAACACUUGGUUGCUUUGCCCAGCAGCGCGGACUCACGUUCUUCGGACAAUAAUGCUGAGACUGAAACCGCCGAGAUUGAAGAAGUCAUCCCGAAGACCGAGGAAUGCACAGAAUACGCGCCCCAAAAUAGUGCAGAAUCCCCACAACCGCCGCCGGAAAAAAGAGCAAGAAAAGUCUCGCGGAUGGAACAAGUCGCAAAGGACAUGAAAAAAAUGUUUGCCGAAAUGGACAAAGAAUUUGAAGAGAAAGAGAACCUUCGUCUCGUGCAGCAGAGGAAACAUGAGGAACGCUUAAGAAAGGAGGCAAAGGAAGAAGAGAAAGAAGAAUGGGCCCGACAGAUGGCCUUGUUCAGAGAAACACAGCAAUCGCAGUUCGACCUUAUGAGGGAACUCUUGAAGCGCAUGACGCCGUCGGCACCACGUCUGUGUUAUCCGUCUCAGCGUAACGACGGAUCUCCAGCCGAUCACAGCCUCGGCUACAGUGCGGGCAGUAUACCAAUCACAUCCGUUCCAGACGCUUCUGAACAAGAGCAGUCGUGUAACCCUCCUUCCCCCUCUGCCAUAAAACCUACGGAGAUGCCAUACAAGAGGGAUUCUCCGAUAGAACAGCCCGGAAGCAGCUCGUCUCUCCCCGCUGUCUCUGAUUACGCUCCCGUUGCCAUGGCGGUGAGGGUGGAGGCAGAGGACGUCAAACCGCCACCGGACCUCCCGUUGCUGACGCAGCACGUUUCGCCCGUUACCAUAGAACCCGUGCGUAGCCAGCUUCCGACAGGACAGAAUGAGACUGAAAUUGAGGAAGAGGAGGAAGAAGAGGAAUUGGUUUCACAUGUUUAUGCUGCCUCCCUCUCUCCUUGCCCCUCCUCUGUGCAUCUUCCCCCGUCACCUACAGGACCCACCCGUAGGAGAAGUUUGUACCAGAGGGGCGGGGCUGUGUUCAGAAAUCCUGAUUUAGAGGCGGAGUCUUUGCAAAUGAUGAGGGAGGAGCAUGAGCUUCAGUUAGCCAAUCACAGGAAACUAGGGUUAUUUCUAGAGGAGAAAAGAGAGGGACUUAAGAGAAAGCAACAUUUGGAGGAGGAACUUUUAAGGGCCAAGGUCAAAGUGGAGAAACUGAGGGCAGCCCGACUCCCGCGGUAUUUUAGCGUUGUGUGGUGUAAAGCAUCGUCAAGGAAACAUAAACGUUGGGAGGGAGAUGCUGUCUUGAUAGCCAGAGGGCGGAGCGUCACCCUCAAAGACAUGGAGGGGCGGGACAUUGGACGAGGCUCUGGAUAUAAGGUGUCUGAGCUGGAAAGCCUUAGUGAAGGACAGUCGCUGAUGGUUGGCGGGAAACAGAUCGAGGUCAUGGGGGUGGUGUCCGAGGAGGAUUUCGCCAAGGGCCGUUGUUUCCAAGAUGUUGCCGUAGAGACUCCCGUGGCGACCGUUGCCAAGACGCCUGUCUUUAGGCCGGUGGCUAAACCCUUUGCUAGUCCGGGAUUGAAGGGAGGGGCACCCAGAGGUCCUGAACCGGAGGGGCCGGUCUGUAAACCGAAACAUGACCCCAGUGCUCCAGGAGCUCUGGUGUUGCCCAGACCUCCAGCCAAUCACCAGUGGUUAUAUAAUAAAAAUGGGCUGCCAUUGGUGGAUGUUGUUGUGGAUCCUCAUUUGACCAAUCAUCUGCGACCACACCAGAGGGAGGGCGUGAUUUUCUUGUAUGAAUGUCUCAUGGGAAUGAGGCUCCCCGGGCGUUGCGGGGCCAUCCUGGCUGAUGAGAUGGGUUUAGGGAAAACGCUGCAGUGUGUGUGUGCGCUGUGGACUCUGCUGAGGCAGGGUCCGUAUGGAGGCCGACCCCUCCUGAAGAGGGCGCUGGUCGUCUGCCCCGGCAGUCUGGUCAAAAACUGGGCUGCAGAGUUCAACAAGUGGCUGGGGAGAGAAAGGAUCGGCGUUUACACUGUCGACCAGGAGCACCGUGUGGAGGACUACGUCUCCUCCCCUGUCUGUACUGUGAUGGUCAUUAGUUAUGAAAUGUUACUGAGGUCGGUUGAGCGGGUGAAAGAACUGGAGUUUGGGGUGAUAGUGUGUGACGAAGGUCACAGACUGAAAAACAGCAACAUUAAAACAUCCAGCGCACUCACCGCUUUGGCCUGUGAACGGCGCGUCAUACUUACAGGUACACCUGUUCAGAAUGAUCUACAGGAGUUCUACUCCAUCGUUGAGUUUGUGAAUCCAGGGAUUCUUGGAACAUCUGCAGCCUACAGGAAAAUAUAUGAAGAACCAAUCCUCAGAUCUCGCCAGCCCACCUGCAGUGAGGAGGAGCGUCGCGUCGGGGAGGAGAGAGCGGCCGAACUGGCGCGUCUGACCGGCGUGUUUACGUUGCGACGGACGCAGGAGAUCAUUAACCGUUUCUUGCCCGACCGCCUGGAGUGGACGGUUUUCUGUCGUCCCACCGAGCUGCAGCUGCGCCUGUACGGCGCUCUGCUGACCACGCGGCAGGUCAAAGCCUGCGUCUCCGCCUCUUACGCCCACGCGCUCUCCCACAGCCCGCAUCUGGCCUGCAUCAACGCUCUGAAGAAGAUCUGUAACCACCCAGGACUGCUCUACAACUCCAUCCAGGAGAAGAAUGAUGACUUGUUUGAGGGAUUGACAGCAGAGUUGUUUCCUGAUGCGUACUCCACUGGUGGGUUUAGCACAGCUGACUCAGGGAAACUGCUGGUUCUCACAGACCUACUGUCUGCAAUAAAACAUGUGAACAGAACAGACAGGGUUGUGUUGGUGUCUAACUACACCCAGACUCUGGACCUACUGCAGGAUCUCUGCACUCACCUGGAAUACACCUGGUGCCGUCUUGACGGACAGACCCCGGUCGCCCAGCGACAGCGAAUCGUCGAUUCCUUCAACAGUCCACACGCCAACCACUUCCUGUUUCUACUCAGCUCCAAGGCUGGAGGGGUGGGGCUUAACUUAGUGGGCGCCUCCCACCUCGUCCUUUAUGACAUAGACUGGAACCCAGCCAAUGACAUUCAGGCGAUGGCGCGCGUGUGGAGGGACGGGCAGAAAAAAAACGUGCACAUCUACAGAUUUCUCACCACAGGUACCAUAGAGGAGAAGAUCUAUCAGAGGCAGGUGAGUAAACAGGGGCUUUCUGGGACAGUGGUGGACUUGGCCAAGAAAGCCGAACAUAUCAGCUUCUCCUCAGAGGAACUGCGUGACCUUUUCACCUUAGAUACCAAAUCAGACUGUCUGACACAUGACCUGCUAGACUGUCCCUGCAACGGGGACGGAAACACACCAGGCGUGACUGAAGAAGUGUCUGCAGAUUCAGAGAGGGCGUGUCAGUUGGGUCGCCGCGGCGACGGUGCCAGUGUUCCACAGCGUGUGAGCAUGUCCGAGCUCAUGCACUGGAAACAUUUUUCUGGGAACGUCCAAUCGUACGCUGACAUUUACCUGGACCAUGCCCGAAACCACAUCACGUUUGCCUUCCAGAGUACCACCACAAAAAGCCAGAGCACAGUUUAA